AGUUAUUUUUUUCAAGCGUAGAAAGAGAAACAAGAGAGAGAGAGAGAUUGGAGUUGAGUGGUAUUCCAACGUCGAAAGCAGGGAAGAGAGACACAAAGGUUUCUCGUAAAGUACUCUUGUUUCUUUCUCUCUCUGUGUAUAUAUGUGACUCCUCUGCCUAUUAUCACUUUGUGAGCUUAUGGUUGGUGUUGCCGUGUUGGAAUUCUGGAACAACUUCUUUCCAAUAAUUAAGGAAAAACGAGGCAUCUCAUUGACUGGAGAAGUUGGUUAAAAAUGGCUACAGUUUGUUGGCCAUAUUUUGAUCCUGAGUAUGAAAACUUCAGCAAUAGAAUCAACCCUCCAAGGGUCUCUGUAGACAACGCUACUUGCCAUAAUUGUACACUGAUCAAGGUUGAUAGUGUUAACAAACCUGGAAUUCUGCUGGAAGUGGUGCAAAUCUUGACAGACCUUGACUUCAUAAUUACCAAGGCUUAUAUAUCUUCUGAUGGGGGGUGGUUUAUGGAUGUAUUUCAUGUCACGGAUCAGCAAGGAAAAAAGAUUACAGAUAGCAAAACCAUUGACUUCAUCGAAAAGGCUCUAGGACCAAAGGGCCAGAGCACAGAAGGGGUGAAGAAUUGGCCAGGGAAACGGGUUGGUGUGCAUUCUGUUGGUGACCACACAGCCAUUGAGCUCAUUGGCAGAGACCGCCCUGGUCUCUUGUCUGAGAUCUCAGCUGUCCUUGCCAACCUCCAUUAUAACGUAGUUGCAGCUGAAGUUUGGACUCAUAACAGGCGAAUAGCUUGCGUCCUUUAUGUCAGUGAUACUACAAGCCAAGCUGUGGAUGAUCCUAAUAGAUUAUCUCUUAUGGAGGAGCAGCUCAACAAUAUCUUACGUGGAUGUGAGGAUGGUGAGAACGUUGCUAGGACUAGUUUCUCAAUGGGUUUCACCCAUAUGGAUCGGAGGCUCCACCAAAUGUUGUUUGCAGAUAGGGAUUAUGAAAGUUCUGGAGUGACAACAGAUGUUGAAUGUCCUCCCUCUUUCAGGCCAAAAAUCACAAUAGAACGUUGUGAGGAAAAAGAGUACUCAGUGGUUAGUGUCAGGUGCAAAGAUCGGGCAAAACUCAUGUUUGACAUUGUUUGCACUCUUACUGAUAUGCAAUAUGUUGUUUUCCAUGCCACAAUCUCAUCGGAUGGCCCUUAUGCAUUGCAGGAGUACUUUAUUAGGCACAUGGAUGGAUGCACCCUUGAUACUGAAGGAGAGAAAGAAAGGGUCAUCAAAUGCAUCGAAGCUGCUAUUCAAAGAAGAGUAAGCGAGGGUGUGAGCCUUGAGCUGUGUGCUAAGGAUAGAGUUGGCUUGCUAUCUGAAGUAACAAGGAUUCUACGAGAGAAUGGCCUAACAGUUUGUAGGGCAGGUGUAUCAACAAGAGGGGAACAAGCACUGAAUGUCUUCUACGUGAGGGAUGCAUCAGGGAAGCCAGUGGACAUGAAAACUAUCGAAGCACUUCGUAAAGAAAUAGGAAAGACAAUGAUGGUGGAUGUGAAGAGGGUACCAACCAAUGCCAAAGCACCAGAGACCCGAGGAUGGGCUAAAACAAGCUUCUUCUUUGGUAACUUGUUGGAAAGGUUCUUGACUUGAGAAUCGUGCAUUUGACCUGGUUGAUUUGUAAAAGACACAUCAUAAUGUAUAGAAGAAUAAAAGGCUGUUUGUGUCUCAGUCAUGGACAGUGCUUGGACUUUGGCCCUUUAGUAUCAGAACAAUGCUUGUCACUUAUAUUCCCCCUUGGCCCAUUCUAUCCCUUCCCCAUCUUUGAUGUAUCCUGUUUAUAUUUUCUAUGCCUAUUACCCCUUUCAUGAAUAUGAAGUUUUUCUC